UGAGCGGCCUCCGAAGCGGAGCGGGGCUCGGAGGAGGCACUUUUUUUUUUUUUUUUCUCCUCCCUCCUUCCCUCCUCUCCUCCUCCCUUCCCUUCCCCUCUCCUCCCCUCUCUCCUCCUUCCCCCCUCGGUCCGCCGGAGCCUGCUGGGGCGAGCGGUUGGUGUCGCGGGCGCUCACUCUCCGGGGCCGCCCGGCGGGUAGCUGGCGGGGGGAGGAGGCAGGAACCGCGAUGGCGCCUCAGAAGCACGGCGGUGGGGGAGGGGGCGGCUCGGGGCCCAGCGCGGGGUCCGGGGGAGGCGGCUUCGGGGCUUCGGCGGCGGCGGCGGUGGCGGCGGCGGCGGCGGCUUCGGGCGGCAAAUCCGGCGGCGGGGGCUGUGGAGGCGGCGGCGGCGGCGGCAGUUACUCGGCCUCCUCCUCCUCCUCGGCGGCCGCGGCGGCGGCGGCGGCGGGGACCGCGGUGUUACCGGUGAAGAAGCCGAAAAUGGAGCACGUCCAGGCUGACCACGAGCUUUUCCUCCAGGCCUUUGAGAAACCAACACAGAUCUAUAGAUUUCUUCGAACACGAAAUCUUAUAGCACCAAUAUUUUUGCACAGAACUCUUACUUACAUGUCUCAUCGAAACUCCAGAACAAACAUCAAAAGCUUGUCUGCUCAUUUGCAACUUACAUUUACCGGUUUCUUCUACAAAAAUGAUAAGCCAUCACAAAACUCAGAAAAUGAACAAAAUUCUGUUACCCUGGAAGUCCUGCUUGUGAAAGUUUGCCACAAAAAAAGAAAGGAUGUAAGUUGUCCAAUAAGGCAAGUUCCUACUGGUAAAAAGCAGGUGCCUUUGAAUCCUGACCUCAAUCAAACAAAACCAGGAAAUUUCCCAUCCCUGGCAGUUUCCAGUAAUGAAUUUGAACCUAGUAACAGCCAUAUGGUGAAGUCUUACUCAUUACUGUUUAGAGUAACUCGUCCAGGAAGAAGAGAAUUUAACGGAAUGAUUAAUGGAGAAACCAAUGAAAAUAUUGAUGUCAGUGAAGAAGUUCCAACCAGAAGAAAACGAAAUCGUGAAGAUGGAGAAAAGACAUUUGUUGCACAAAUGACAGUGUUUGACAAAAACAGGCGUUUACAGCUUUUAGAUGGGGAAUAUGAAGUAGCCAUGCAGGAAAUGGAAGAAUGUCCAAUAAGCAAGAAAAGAGCAACAUGGGAGACUAUUCUUGAUGGGAAGAGGCUGCCUCCAUUUGAAACAUUUUCUCAGGGACCUACAUUGCAAUUCACUCUUCGUUGGACAGGAGAAACCAAUGAUAAGUCUACAGCUCCUGUUGCCAAGCCUCUUGCCACUAGAAAUUCAGAGAGCCUCAAUCAGGAAAAUAAACCUGGUUCAGUUAAACCUGCACAAACUAUUGCUGUUAAGGAGACACCGACGACAGAGUUGCAGACAAGGAAAGAAAAGGAUACUUCAAAUGAAAAUCGCCAGAAAUUAAGAAUAUUUUAUCAGUUCCUUUAUAAUAAUAAUACAAGACAACAGACAGAAGCCAGAGAUGACCUGCACUGCCCUUGGUGCACUCUCAACUGCCGUAAGCUGUAUAGUCUACUCAAGCAUCUAAAACUCUGCCACAGCAGGUUUAUCUUCAAUUAUGUAUAUCAUCCAAAAGGUGCUAGGAUAGAUGUCUCUAUCAAUGAGUGUUAUGAUGGCUCAUAUGCAGGAAAUCCUCAGGAUAUUCAUCGCCAACCUGGAUUUGCUUUUAGUCGAAAUGGACCAGUAAAGAGAACACCUAUCACACACAUUCUUGUGUGCAGGCCAAAACGAACAAAAGCAAGCAUGUCGGAGUUUCUUGAAUCUGAAGAUGGAGAAGUAGAACAGCAAAGAACAUACAGUAGUGGCCACAAUCGUCUCUAUUUCCACAGUGAUACCUGCUUACCUCUCCGACCACAAGAAAUGGAAGUAGAUAGUGAAGAUGAAAAAGAUCCAGAAUGGCUGAGAGAAAAAACGAUUACUCAAAUUGAAGAGUUUUCUGAUGUGAAUGAAGGAGAGAAAGAAGUAAUGAAACUGUGGAAUCUCCAUGUCAUGAAGCAUGGAUUUAUUGCUGACAAUCAAAUGAAUCAUGCCUGUAUGCUGUUUGUAGAAAAUUAUGGACAGAAAAUAAUUAAGAAGAAUUUAUGUCGAAACUUCAUGCUUCAUCUAGUCAGCAUGCAUGACUUUAAUCUUAUUAGCAUAAUGUCAAUAGAUAAAGCGGUUACCAAGCUCCGGGAAAUGCAGCAAAAACUAGAAAAAGGAGAAUCUGCAACCCCUGCAAAUGAAGAAAUAACUGAGGAACAAAACGGGACAGCAAAUGGAUUCAGUGAAACUAACUCAAAAGAGAAAGCUUUGGAAACAGAUGGUGUCUCAGGGGUUCCAAAACAGAGCAAGAAACAAAAACUCUGAGAUCUAUCCCCGUGUUGUGGACAAACACUGAAAUUGCUUCUAGGGAAUUCAGCCUCUGAGAAGAGUUGUGGUUUUAGGUUGGUUGGUUUUUAAUCAUGGAUUCGGAACAGUCAGUGUUAGAAGAAGUCAGUGAUUUCAGCGUGGAGGGUCUGUGGGUCGGCUUCACUUCAUCUCACAUGCUCGUCAGCUUUAGUGAUGUCAGCUGUAACAGUCAUCUUAUGAAAUACAUUGGGCUAAUCUAGAAAUUUCACACCUAAAUUAUAAUGCUUUUUGUAUUUGUGACUGGCUGAUUUUUGGCUUUGUAAUUAUGAGAUGUUUUCUGGGGCGGGGAGGUUGGGGUAUAAUUCCCUCUUAGAAAUGGAGGAUUUUUGUGAAAUUGUUACGUUGCCACUUUUCCCAGAAGUUGACCCUUGAUUUUGAAAUCACUUCUACAUUUGGAAUGGAAAGUUACAAUGCAAGUUCUGCAUCAGUUCAUGUUGCAAUUUUAAAGUAGCCCCUAUUCAUCUGCCUGUUGCAAAUGACAUUAACUCUCCAGGUAGACCAUUCAGUGUCAUGUGCAUUGAUGAAGUUACCAUUUGUUUUUCAAGUGGAUAAUUUUAGUGCUCACUUACCCAGUAUAUUUUUUUACUUGAACACGUUUUUAGUUUUUCUAAGUUUUUCGUUUUCAAUUAGGUAAUCCCAUGGAAAUCCUCCUGUGCACAUCUUUGCAGUAGGAGUGUAAAGCAAGAAAACAGUUGGAGAUUUUAUAAGAUGCCACUUUGUGGGGGGGGUAUCCCUGAGAAUGAACCAGUCCUUACACCUUGCCUUCUUGUGAUGUACUUUAUGAUUUACCCAAUUUCAAUAAGCUGACUUGAAUUGUUUUGAGAAAUUUUUCCUGUGUUGUGUGUUUUAUGCACAUUUUUGUGGUUGGAUUUUCUCCAACAGAAAGUGGUUUCACUACUGGCAUAUUAUUAAUAGGCACCAAUAGAUUUUUAUUCCAACUCCAAGCACUGUGGUUGAAUGACAUCACCUCAAUUUUUUAUUAUCCUUUAAAGAUAUUGCAUUUUCAUAUUCUUUAUUUAUAAAGGAUCAAUGCUGCUGUAAAUACUGGUAUUUUUAAUGUUUUAAUUUCAUUCCACCACCAUCAGAUGCAGUUCCCUGUUUUGUUUAGUGAAGGGACACAAGCUUUCUCAUGGUGUCUUCAGAGAUUUAUAAAUGUAAAUACUGAUUUGGCUGGUCUUUACGAUGUGUUUAACUGUGAGGCUAUUUAAAUAGUGUGGAUGUGGUUUGUCAUCCAGUAUUAAGUUCCUAGUUACUGGUUUUUGUGUUUAAAAUAUAGGGAAGAGGGAACUGCAGUGUUCACUGCAGACUCCCUGGCUGGGAAGCUCUCCUCCUGACUUCACUGAGCUCUCGUUUGGCCUCUGGGUGUGGGUUCUGAGCAUUUCUCUUGGGCUUUAAUUUGCUAAAGCUGUGCACAUAUGUUAAAAAAAAAAUAGAUUAUUUUAGGGAAGAUGUAGAUGUAGAAUUAUUGCUUAUGUCAUUUCUUAAGCAGUUAUGCUCUUAAUGCUUAAAAGAAGGCUAGCAUUGUUUGCACAAAAAAAUUGGUGAUUUCCCUCCCUGAAUAGUAAUGAAAUUACUUUGAGUAAACUUUUUAUGUCAUCUUAUAAUAAAAGCUGAAAAGUCCCUUUGUUUCUAUUUAUAAAAAAAAAGCUUUUCUAUAUGUACCCUUGAUAACAGAUUUUGAAGAAAUCAUGUAAGAUGAUAAAGCAUUUGAAUGGUACAAUAGAUGUAAAAAAAAUUCAGUUUAAAAGAAACGUUUGUUUUUACAUUAAAUGUUUAUUUGAAAUCAAAUGAUUUUGUACAUAAAGUUCAAUAAUAUAAA